AAAUGGACGACGCGGACGAGACGCGCGCGUGUUGUGGAAGUAAGCUUCAUGUCGAGUGAUGGAGGACGAGGGGGAGCUGAGAGAGGGAAAGAGAGAUUGAGAGAUAGCGCGAGAACCCGGAGUCACUGCUCGCGUACCGACUUGCGCUUUCCACGGCAUUCUGCUCGUAAAUCCCGAUAUAGAAAACCCAAUUUCGAAAGGAUCUAGCCGGAGCCAUGCGCAACGAAAGUCGCGAGACGUGCAGGAGCCAUGCGACGCCAGCUGCUGAACCUGCGAGUAGUGUCCUUGGUCCCGUGAGCUCUGCGUGACGGACCCACGAGCAAGCGACGAGGAAUCUCUCGGAAGGCGAAAGCACGAUUAGGGGAGCGGAAGAAGGUGGCAUUGCAUGAGAGAGCAGGGGCAGGGUGAGAUCGGGAUUAGGAGUUGUGUUGCAGGGGUUUGAUUGAGGCAUCGGAGGGUGGGCGCAAUGCCGGUCGCGGCAUCUGCCAUCUAUUUCCUGAAUCUCAGAGGCGACGUGCUCAUCAAUCGGUUGUAUCGGGAUGAUGUCGGAGGCAAUAUGGUGGAUGCGUUUCGCACCCACAUUAUGCAGACUAAAGAUCUGGGUACAUGCCCCGUGCGACAAGUAGGAGGAUGCUCUUUUCUGUACAUGCGCAUCAUGAAUGUGUAUGUAGUCGCUGUUGUUAGCAGCAAUGCCAAUGCCGCAUGCGCUUUCAAAUUCAUGGUUGAGACAGUCGCUCUUUUCAAGUCGUAUUUCGGAGGGGCGUUCGAUGAAGAUGCGAUCAGAAACAACUUUGUGCUUAUCUACGAGCUUCUUGAUGAAAUCAUGGACUUCGGGUAUCCUCAAAACUUGUCUCCAGAGAUUUUGAAGCUUUACAUUACUCAAGAGGGUGUUCGUUCUCCAUUCUCAUCCAAGGCCAUAGAUAAUAAACCCCCAGUUAAUGCAACACUUCAAGUAACGGGAGCUGUUGGUUGGAGGCGUGAAGGUCUUGUUUACAAGAAAAACGAGGUCUUUCUCGAUAUUGUGGAAAGCGUUAAUCUUCUCAUGUCUCAGAAGGGAACUACUUUGCGUUGUGAUGUGACUGGAAAAGUUCUAAUGAAAUGCUUUCUUUCGGGGAUGCCGGAUCUUAAGCUUGGGCUCAACGAUAAAAUUGGACUGGAAAAAGAAGCCGAAGUUAAGUCUCGGCCAACAAGAAGUGGGAAAACAAUUGAGCUUGAUGAUGUUACAUUCCACCAAUGUGUCAAUCUCACAAGAUUCACUGCUGAGAAGACAGUCAGUUUUGUUCCACCCGAUGGAGAAUUUGAACUCAUGAAGUAUCGGAUUUCAGAGGGUAUUAAUCUACCUUUCCGGGUGCUGCCUAGCAUUAAGGAGCUGGGUCGGACCCGAAUGGAGGUCAACGUUAAGGUCAAGAGUGUCUUUGGGGCCAAAAUGUUCGCACUUGGAGUGGUGGUCAAGGUGCCUGUUCCCAAGCACACAGCGAAGGCUAAUUUUCAGCUGACCUCUGGAAGAGCCAAGUACAAUGCGGCUACCGACUGCUUAGUGUGGAAGGUGAGGAAGUUCCCUGGGCAAACGGAGUUAACAAUGAGUGCUGAAGUAGAGCUGAUAUCAACCAUGGUUGAUAAAAAGACUUGGACUAGACCGCCCAUCCAGAUGGAGUUCCAGGUCCCCAUGUUUACUGCUUCCGGCCUAAGGGUCCGUUUUUUGAAGGUAUGGGAGAAGAGUGGUUACAACACUGUUGAAUGGGUGCGCUACAUCACAAGGGCCGGUUCUUAUGAAAUCCGGUGCUGAUUUGCACCAUUUGUCCCCCAUGAAUUAGGUUUUGUAGAUGUUAGGAUUCUUGUCGGUACCUUCGUAAAGCAGAAUCAUUACAUUCCACACGUGGAUAAUCCAUUCACUGCUGACUACUUUGCCCGUUUCUUCUCCACAAUGUGCUGCCCAUUCAAUCAAAAUCAAGGUAACACGGCAAGUUAUCGAGCAA